GGUGAAGACGAGGAGGAGGAGGGUGAGGAGGAGGAGGGUGAGGAGGAGGAGGGUGAAGACGACGAGGAGGAGGGUGAAGACGACGAGGAGGAGGGUGAAGACGGGGAGGAGGAGGGUGAAGACGGGGAGGAGGAGGGUGAAGACGGGGAGGAGGAGGGUGAAGACGGGGAGGAGGAGGGUGAAGACGGGGAGCAGGAGGGUGAAGACGGGGAGCAGGAGGGUGAAGACGGGGAGCAGGAGGGUGAAGACGGGGAGGAGGAGGGUGAAGACGGGGAGGAGGAGAGUGAAGACGGGGAGCAGGAGGGUGAAGACGGGGAGCAGGAGGGUGAAGACGGGGAGGAGGAGGGUGAAGACGGGGAGGAGGAGGGUGAAGACGGGGAGGAGGAGGGUGAAGACGGGGAGGAGGAGGGUGAAGACGGGGAGGAGCAGGUGGAAGACGGGGAGCAGGAGGGUGAAGACGGGGAGGAGGAGGGUGAAGACGGGGAGGAGGAGGGUGAAGACGGGGAGGAGGAGGGUGAAGACGGGGAGGAGGAGGGUGAAGACGGGGAGGAGGAGGGUGAAGACGGGGAGGAGGAGGGUGAAGACGGGGAGGAGGAGGGUGAAGACGGGGAAGAGGAGGGUGAAGACGAGGAGGAGGAGGGUCAAGACGGGGAGGAGGAGGGUGAGGAGGAGGAGGGUGAAGACGACGAGGAGGAGGGUGAAGACGACGAGGAGGAGGGUGAAGACGACGAGGAGGAGGGUGAAGACGGGGAGGAGGAGGGUGAAGACGGGGAGGAGGAGGGUGAAGACGGGGAGGAGGAGGGUGAAGACGGGGAGGAGGAGGGUGAAGACGGGGAGGAGGAGGGUGAAGACGGGGAGGAGGAGGGUGAAGACGGGGAGGAGGAGGGUGAAGACGGGGAGGAGGAGGAGGGUGAAGACGGGGAGGAGGAGGGUGAAGACGGGGAGGAGGAGGAGGGUGAAGACGGGGAGGAGGAGGAG